AUGACAUCUGCACCAUUCUCAUCGCUGAUCGCACGUAAGGCGUCACGAAAGACUUCACGGACACGUUUAGUGAAUAGUACGACAUCAUGGGGUGACAGUACAGCAACAAUUACUAGCAUCCUUCCAACAGUUAUCAACAGUGCACCAUCAUUAUUAUCUUCACCUACAUCACCGUCAUCGUUUGUCGCUACUGGAGAAGCAGUUCAUCAAGAAGCUAGUUCUGUACCAGUAAAAGUAUCGCGUGAAAUAGGUAUACGUUUUCCAAAUUUACCGGGUUUUUCGUCUAGUACAGUUCGUCGUGAAGCAUCACAGCCCACAACAACAUCUGGAGCUAUAUCUGCAAUACAGUCAUCAGCUAACACGGCUUCUGCUGCCGUGGCACCAUCAUCUGCGACUGCAAGUGCCGCAUCAACAUAG